AUGGGGGUGCAAUUGGAAGGAGAGAGACUGGUGAAGUUCGUGGCUGAGCUUGAUCCGCCGCCGGCUACCUCUAGUACAUAGCAGUUCAUCUGGGAAGGCCUUCCACAAGCUAGAGCUAGUAAAUAUCCGCACGGCACAGCCCUCAUCCCCUCAGGAAUGUCCCUGCUGACUGCCCCUCCAGCCGUCCUGCUGUCGGCUACCCGCAGCUGGUAUCACGUUCUCUCCCGGAGAUGGUCACAACGAAUAACCUUUCUUAAGAAAACUUUGCAUAUGCCACGCUUUGCCACACGCCGGCCGGUCACGGCGACCCGCGGCGCACUCCCCGCGGGGCAGCCCCGGGCCGACCGGCAGAGGAAGCAUCGGAUUCCGCUGCCCGCCUUCCCUUUCCCUUUCCUCUUUCGCCGUCCCUCUUCCCCCUUCUCCUUCCGGGCAGCCGCGCAGCCGCAGCCGCGGCGCCGGGGCCGGAGCGCUCCGAGCGCCGCUGGUGCCGACCCGGGCCCGGGCCCCGCCGGGGCCAUGGCGCGCUGCCCGCGCCGGGCGCUGGGCGCGGCGGGGCCGCUGCUGCCGCUGCUCUGCGCGCUGCUCCGCGCCGCCGCCGACACCAGCACCGGCCGGGGUUGGUUAAAAACUUAUGGCUACUUACUUCCAUCUGACAGCCAAAUGUCUCCCUUGCAGUCAGGAAAAGCUGUGCAGUCUGCAGUUGCCACUAUGCAGCAGUUUUAUGGAAUCCCAGUAACAGGAGUUUUGGACCAGACAACUAUUGAGUGGAUGAAGAAGCCUCGCUGUGGAGUUCCGGAUCAUCCCCACCUGCGCCGCAGCCGGAGGAAAAAGCGGUAUGCACUCACGGGCCAGAAGUGGAGACAGAAGCACAUAACCUACAGUGUCCACAACUACACCCCCAAGGUUGGCGAGAUUGAUACGAGGAGAGCCAUUCGUCAGGCCUUUGAUGUUUGGCAGAGAGUGACGCCACUUACCUUUGAAGAGGUUCCUUACCAUGAAAUUAAGAAUGACAGAAAGGAGGCAGAUAUUAUGAUCUUUUUUGCUUCUGGUUUCCACGGAGACAGUUCUCCAUUUGAUGGAGAAGGUGGAUUCCUCGCUCAUGCUUACUUUCCUGGACCAGGAAUUGGAGGAGACACUCACUUUGACUCAGAUGAGCCAUGGACCCUGGGAAAUUCUAAUCAUGAUGGUAAGAGUGCAGGUCAUCUUUCCCAACAAGGAUAAGUUGGUUGCAGACACACUGACAGGCUUUCAGCUAGAAAGUAUUUGCUUGGUGGAGCUUUCACCUCCCAUACAGUGGUUCACAUGCUUUCUAAAUACAUAUUCUAUCUUAAAUGGGAAAAUAAUAGUAUUAAUUUGUUUGUGGCUGUGCAUGCUGUGAAUUUUAGGAGUGAACAGAACAGUGUGUCUGCUGGCUUCUUACAUCUCUCAAGAUUUGGGCCUUAACUGCUACAAAACCCACAACUCUGGGAGGAAAAAGAUGAAUAAAAUAGUGUUGAAAUUGUAUCAAAUGGAAUACUUUCCAAGGCCAAUUAAAGUUAGUUGUAAAGCUGAAUAGAAAGUUGAGAGUAAAGACAUUUGAAUUGCCAAUUUGUUUUGAUCCAUAUUUGUUUUCUCACACUCUGGAAUUCCUUAUCCUGUCAGAGUUUGGGGCUGGCUGAUCAGUAAAGGGAGACUGAUGAUUGGGACAGCUCUUUUUAUCUGAUGAAGCACGAAGAGUUUCUGCAUCUUUCUAGCUUUAUCUUACUCUCUAAAGGCAACGAGCCCUUUCUGUUCUGUUUUCAAAGCUUUGAUUGAGGAUAGUGAUGCCUUGUAAAAAGUUUAGGCUGAUAAUCAGAAUUUCAUGGUGGCCUCACAAAAUAUCUCUCCAAUUUCCACAGUCCUAAUGGUUUGGGAAGAACAAGGUGUCUUUAAGCCUUCAGGGAUUCAAAAUCAUGUUUUAAUAUUUUGAUAAGGACUGCAAGUUUACUUGGAUUGUAAAUAUGUCUUGAUUUUUAAACUAUAUAAAAGCAGCAGUGUUGUUGUGCCCAUGAUGCCUAAGGACUAUGCAGAGGUGAUGUCUUUCAUAGGCCAAACAGUGUUGUUUUAAAAGAAGAAAAACUUUCAGGCACACAAGCCGCCUUCAGAGCUGGCUUAAAGGUGACAGCUUGCUUUCAGACUGGAUUGCAAAUGGGGAAAAUCCCUCAGAGUUGUGAGUUGGUAUCAGAUGAUCUCUGACAGGAAAUGGAGCUGUCAGGUUCACCAGGGAGUGCUGACUUGUAGGAAAGCAGAGAUGAGACGAUCCUUGUCUUUGCAGGGAAAGGGGAGCAAUGUUUCCUGGCAUGUGCAAAUGACUAGAGGAGGUGUAGGCUGAGAAAGGGAGGUGGGGUAUGGAGAGGGGGAGAGUGUGGAGACUGUGGGAAAUGAUAAUGUGACGGAGAAGCAGUGUUUUGCUGCCUUGAAAUGUUAGGAAUUUUUAUUCCUAGGUUUCUGGCUGGAGGGCUCCCUCCAGGAUCAGGAGUGACAGACAGGGACUGAGUGGUUACCAUGUGAGAGCUGCAGCAGUGAGGCGUGUUUGUGUGUGUCAGGGCUCUGUGCCACUUCAUUCUGGCCUCAGCAGUUAUUUGAGCUCAGCUGUGGGAGUGUGGGAGGCCCAGGUGUUGGAUAUGACUUCCCAGGAAAGCUCAUGUAUGAGACCUGGGAGUGCUGAUGUCUGGGGUAGAAGGUCCUUGCAGGAAGGUGGAAGGGAAGGUUUUGACGAGUUGUACUUGCUUUUUUCUAUCCUCAUUUUCUGCACAAAAGACUUCCUUCUGAGAUAAGCUUUGCAAGGUUGGGAGGCUGCUUAAAGACUGGCAGGGAUGGCUCUGCAGAAAAUAUUCCAUCCUUUGGUAGGAUGUUCCACCACAGGUGGUCACUUCUUCCAGGAUUUUUUUGGAUGCAUAUUUUAGGAUGGUGUUUGAGUGCAGUGCAUACAAUGAGUAGAGUGUCUCUCUUUUUAUAAAAGCUUUUUUAAUGCUGUUCUUAUCCAUGUGGCUCUUUCAAAAACAUGAUGUAUUUCUCUGCUGUUCUGAGUGACUGUCAUGAGUGGUGUCCUCCAAGUUCAUGAAUUGGUAUUUGAGGGGCUGGUGUGCUCUUUGUGUAAGAAUUGAUAAAGGAUUUGAGAUUUGCUUUCCAGAGGAUGUCACCUGUGCAUUUGCUUUCAGAUUACUGUGCUGCAUAGACUGGGCUGCACAGGCUCUUUUGAAAAGUCACCACUGAGGAUGUUGAGAAUGGUGGGGUUGUAUUUGACCCUUCCAUCUGGGGCAGUGUUGAUGGUAGAAAGGGAAUUUGAUGUUUUGAGGGUGAUAGGGGAAAGGCUGUAGUCAAAGCAUUAUAGACAUGUUGUGUGAGGAAUUUGGUUUUGCCUGCAUCCUUUUCUUUGGUGUGCAGUUGUGAAGGUGUUCUGCUUCCUCACUGGGUGAUCCAGGCCUCUUUAGGGAGGGGUUUCCUUCUGUUUCACUAUUCCUUGUCACUGGAGCACUCAUUUGCUUCAGGUUCUCACCUCUGAUGUGUUCUACUUGAAAUGCUUUUAGGAGGACUUUGAAGAGUUUCUUCUUGUCACAGGUUUCCUGCUCAGUUCACUGCCAAUUUUCAUUGAAAAUAAGUUAUUAGAGGGGACAAUAUCAUCUGUUUAACAGGAAGUGUUUCUUCAAACGUGGUCUUGCUUGUCCUUUAGAUAUGUAUUUUGUGGCAACAGGGUUGAUCAGUCUCGAAUUGAAGAUGCCUCAGUGAAAGAAUAAAAAAAGCCCUACCAGAAAAUCAUUAGCAAAGCUCUCAUUUAUUCACGUGCAAAAAAGGAACUGGUUUGGCCAUUCAGUGUCUGUUCAAUUAUUAUAAGAGUCUUGAAAUAAGAUUGAAGUAACAAUGAUAUCUUUUCAUCAACCCACAAAAUACUACAGUGGAAAAUAUUCCACUCCUGACAGGAAUGUGUCUUGGUUGAAGGGGAAAAUUCAGCCGUCUACCUUGGAGCUCUCUUAGCCUUGCAGUUGUGAAGGUAAAUCUCUUGUCCACAGAGCAGAAUGCUGAAACUGGUGCCGCAGAUCCUUAGAACAUUUUGCUGACCUCUUACCCAUGUAGUUUUAUGACAGUUACUCCAGUCUGAAUCCUUGCUUUUGUGGGUCUGCAUCUGUUACACUGUAUUGUGGCACCUGCAGAGGUCCAGUCCAUCUGUGCUUGGAAGCAGCUGUCACCCCCCAGAAGAGCUGCUCUACAGUCUUCACUAGCAGUACAAAUUAUAUGGAUAAAAGUGAAAUUUUUCACAUGAAACUUCAUCCAGUCAGGGAAAAUAAGAAUCAUUUGAGCAGAUCUUUCUAUGCAAACAGCCAUGUCCAAUUUGUACAUGGAGAAUGUGGUGUGUCCUGUUGAUGAAAGCUUCUGUCUUGUCAAGAGGCCUUGUGGUAAUCCACUGGGGUUAUUGACAACUUUAUCAUCCCAGCUAGGAUAUAGUUAGUUGGGAUUUACAUACUCAUUAUCAUUUUGCAUUGUUAUUAUUAUACUGAUUUUGCCCUUUUGGACAGCAUGGCCACUGCCAUGUCCCUUAAAAUUAUUGGUGUAAUCAUAAUAGCUGGGAUGCUGUUGGUUGUCCCCUUGAGCCCUUGGUAACAGGGGCACAUGCACCAAGCCUUCCGUUUUCUUCUGCUGUGAAGAAUGACCCCUGCACAGGCUUUCAAAGUGAAUGCAAAGUUUCCCUCCCCAUGGAUAUUAGUUACAGUUCCACUCAGGCAUUCCGUUUCUUUAGCAGAGGAAAACUGUACUUUCAAUUUAUGGUUGCUGAUUUAUCUUCAUAAUUGUACUGCCUUCGCUGGCAUUCUCCUAAGUAAGCUCUGGAAGAUUAAUUUAGAUAAUCUUAUGAUGAAGAUGGACAAAACCAGGUAGGAAGCUGAACUCCUGGAGCAGCUCUUAUUAACUGGGACCAUGGGAUAAAGAAUUUGUUUGUUUUCCCGUGAUAAUGUUGAUGAGAGCAGCUGGAAGCAUGAAGCAGAACAUUGGAAUUUGGAGGAAACAAGGGAAAUCAGAGAAGUGAUGCAGCAAACAACAUGCAACUGGCAAAGAGGGGGCACAUUUAGAGAUAAAUCAUCUACACAAGCACACACGAGGAGCAGCUGGCAUGGUCACAGUGGUGGGGACUGACCUCGUGGUUCUCCUGGAAGGUGCUCUUCAAUAGGAAUGAAAGCAGCUCUUGGCUGCCUAGCUGGUCCCAGGCUUGUUAGGCUUUGGUGCCUGGCGCAUGGAGGCAGGUGAAAGCUGUGUUUGGAGUCCCUGUCCUUCAGCAGGACCUGGGCUGUGGCUGCUCCCUGGCCAAGGGGCCCCUCUGGGCUGCUCAGACACAGCCUUUGGACACCUGCGCGUGUCAGCACGGGCGCAGUUCCCAAGUGCUGGUUUUGUCAGAAAGAACACCUGACUUUCCUCUCCUUUCUUGAGGUUUUGGGCAUUUUUUACUUGAAAUGUGCCGUAGCAACAGCCAGGCAGGCUUUGAAGUGCCCACCUCAAGACUCACAACACCGACACGUUGCUCAGGCAGCAAAAACCUGAAAGGGGUGAACAGACUUGGCAGUGCUGGGGCUUCUCUCCCUUGGCUCCUAACUUGGCUCAGGCAGAGAGGAGGUGCAUGAAAUACAUUAUUAGCUGGCCAAAUUAAGUACUUAGUAGCCUUUAUGUGGAAAUAAUCAUUAUAGAUAUAUGUAACUCCAAAGACAAGUUGAAAAGGAAUCCUGAGUGACUGAAAGUUAGUUCUGUCAGUUUAAAUAUCCACAUGGCACAUAACAGCUCUUACACACCUCUGACAACUCAAACAUUAUUUUAAUCCAGAUUAAUUACAGAAAGUAAAUUUUUAUCUCCAGUUUAACAUUACAAAUAGUAUUUAUAAUAAUCCCAGGCAAAUCUCCCUUCUGGUGUUUUAAAAGCAAAAAUACAUUGCUGUUAUGCAUGUCACUAACACCAUACCACUAAAUCUGUGGUGUCUGUCAACCCCCUGCAGGUCGAUUAGAGAAUCUUUUUAAUACUAAAGUGAGGUAAGACCUGGGGUAUCCAUACUCUGCCGGGGAUCACUAGAUUUUAUUUCUUUAACCAUGCCCAGAGUUGGCCUUCAAGACCCUCCCUAUCACCUGUUGUCACGUGGCAUUGUAGGUGGGAGUGUGCUCAGGGCAGCCACUGCAGCUCCUUCAGGAAACACCAGCAGCUGAUGAAUUAUUUCUGUACCAACUCCAGUGUGGCUCAGCUUAACAUUGUGUGGUCACUGUACAGACCAUAGGGUUCAUCUUUCAGUGCCUCUCUUCCACACCUGUAGCAAGUUUUCUCUGUUAGUGUUGGAUGACCACUGUGGCAGCUUUUUAGAUGUUGGCAAGAAACGCUGGGCUUUGCUAAUAUCAAGUAAACAAAUCUUAUAAUUGUUCCAACUGAUCGUGUCCCCCACAGAUCCCAGUGGGUUCCUGCGGAGGCUUCUUUGGAAAGCUUCCUGUUCAUGGCUUCUGAGAGAAAGCCAACCAAAAAUACUGCCAGAGUUUGCAAAAAGCAGUAUGGGAGAUGAGAUUUCACAGGUCACCUUCAGUUAAUUCAGUGCUAAUUCAGUGCAGGAGCUUCUGCAGAAGCUCUGGAGGAAAAGGGCCUGCACCACCUUUGGAAAGGUCCUGGCAGCCACAGGGCAGAGGAACUGGACAGCUUUUUGCCUGUGAUUCUACCACAAGGAGUAGCAUUGUUUCAGUGGACAUCUAUCUGAACAGCAGAGCGAGCACUCCUGGAGUCACCAUCUGGCCAUGGCAUAUGCUCAGGAACCUGACCAGGUUUUUCAGGACAGCCAAAUAUUGUCUAGGCUGACGAAUGUGAAUAUUCAGCAAGGAUAUGAAGGAGAAAAUUUUGAUUAGGGUAGCUAAUUUUGGAGCUUACUGACAGCCAGUGAUCAUGACGUGCCUGUUUGGGGGAAUGCAGAGCUUUAAGCCAACAUUUCAUUUGCUGAUCAGUGUGUUCAAAGCACUGUCUUCACUAGAGGUUUACUGUUUUCUGUCCUGGCAGUAUUAACAUCACAAACCUUCUUGAUUCUUUGGACAUUUGUAUCCCUGUAAAUGAGAUGAAACCAGGGGAGCUGGGCUUCGUCAGCCCAGUGAGGAGAAGGAGGAUGGGGAGGAAGCAUCUAAUAAAAGUCUUCCACCUGAGGAGGUAUUAGAGAGAGGAGGGAUCCGCACUCUCUUGGAGGUGGAGGAACAGAAAAAGGAACAAAAGGCAAGGGGCACAAGUUUCAACAAGAAGAGCUCCACCUGGGGUGUCAGGUACAAACUUCUUCAUCUGCAGAGUGGUAGAACUCAGAGGCUGCACCUGGAGAGGUUGUGGGGACUCCAUCCUUUGAGGCUUUUGGAACAUGGCUGGAUGAUGUCCUGAGCAACCUGAUGUAGUUUUGAGAUUAGCCCUGCUUGAAGCAAAAAGUUCAACUUGGUGGCUUCCAGCCAUGCCUUUCAGUCUACAUUUUUCCAUAAUUCUUUAGCACUGCCAUAGACAGAAUUUGAGUUCCUAGAACUUGAAAGCAAAUUGUAGUUACUUCUCAUGGCAGCUCUGAGCCAUAACAAGGUAUUCAGCUCAUAAAAUUCUCUGUUUCUGUCAGCUAGUGUCCUUCUAAAACCAGGACUGCUUAAAAUUGAAAUCUUUCAUGAGGGAGGACUAGUGAUGCUCACAGGGGCGUGAAAAGGUAGCUGGCAGUAUUUUUUGCCAGUUGCUUGAUCCUUUUGAAGAAGCACCUCUGACUGUUCCUUUUUUUCAUGCCUGCAUGUCCAAGGUUUCUGGAGCAUUGACUAGACUAAUCCUAUAAACGUAGAAUGUAUGUUAGAAUAUCCAACAGAUUCCCUGGAUUAAAGGGGAUGUAUCAGUAGGUUUGGCUUUUUCUAGGUGAAAACUAGUCAUACAAUUCUUCAUUAUCAAAGACUUCCAGGUGUUUCUAGUCACUUUGGAAACAUUGAUGGCUAAACAUUAUUUAUCCUAUUUGUUUUGUUUGAUUACACUUGUGAUAUUUUAUUUUAUGGGGCGAGGGAACUGAGAGGAAUGCAGAGUAUCCAGCUGUAGCUUUGUUUUUGUGUUUGAGAUUUGCAUUGGCAUCCAUUUUCCUAGGUUGACUCUCUGCUCUCUGCUUGCUCACCACUUACCUGACUUGUGCAAGUGCAGUGCCUGCUUGGAAAAGAAAAUGCACCUUAACCCCUGUACCUUCAGCCAGCAAAUUGCCAGAGCUUGGUAGUCUUUUCUCCUUGAUUAAUUCCUGUUUCCUCUGCGUCUUGCCUCGCUUUGUCUCAUUUCUUUCUUAUUUUACCACUUUUUCUCAUGUUCAUUUUCUAUGGAGGUACUGAGACUGGCAAUCUACAGAGUGUGAAUACAGUGAGUAACUCACAAGAGAGAACAUGUGUAAUUUUUAGUGCUAUUUGGCUGCUAAGUCGAUUUUUAAUUUUCUUUCUUUGAUUUCUCAGAUACAGAACAUCUCCACAUCUAAAGAGUUUUGUUCUAACAAAUGGCAUUUUGAAUCCAUCAUUAUUUUUCAGGCUUUUGACAGUGUUGUUGAAAAUGAGCAUCAGCGUUUUCCAGAGCAAAAACCAGAGCUGCUUUGAGGUUACUCACGUGUCCCUUAGCACAGAAGACCUGGAAGGCUCUCACGUACACGUUGGAAGUCAAGUGGGGCAUAAAUUGUAUUAAAAUUUCAAUUUAUUCUCUCAGGCCUUUUGAUGAUACAUCACCAGGUCAUACUGUUGCUUGGUAUUUUGUUCAUUGAAGACCGGUUCUGUGUUUAAUCUCCAGGACAUACCUACUUAACGCUGGUUUCAUCCUGUAGCUGCUUGGAGAGAGACUCCAUCCCAUAAGCCGGAGCUCUCUCACAUCCUGUGCUAAUGUUGAACAGAUUUGAGCAAGGAUAUAGACACAUGAUUUCAAGAAAGCCAGCCACAGUAAAAAGAAAUCAAAUCAGGCAGCUUAAAUCAGCAGCAGUUUGAGAUUGCACCCCUGUCCUGUCAACCUGAAGGAGAAGAGAGGAAGCCCAUCAGCACAUGGGGAAGAUUUCUGUCUUCACAUUCUCCUCUCCACCCCUGGACAGCCUCUCUAGAGUGAAAUACUCUGGGAUUCACAGGAAAGAGCCAGUAAGAACCAAAAUGGUGUGUCAUUCCCUUAAAAAGGAAGGGAAAAAAAAGUGUGAAAAAAAACAGGUCACAAGAAUCAAGAUAGAAAAGCUGUUUUCCACAGAAUUCCACAGAGCAGUAUCACCCUUUCUUCAGGGUCUUCAGAAGAUUGGAAAGCUUUCCUUGAGCAGAGCGUGUCGUGGAGGUGAAUGGAGGAGCACAGACAAAUCACAUGUUCUUCUGCUGGACAGCUCAGACCUACCUCAGGUCUGAAGAUGCAAGAACCAAGGCAUAGCUUAGAGUAGCCCUAAAGCUUCUUUAAGUUGUGCUUGGGCAACAGUUGUCUCUACAUGGCUGUUGGGGUAGGAGGAACAAAAGCAUGUUUAGUUCACGCCAUCUCCUCUGUAACUACCUGAGGCAUGCUAUUGUCACACACAGUCAAUCAUCUGACUUCUUAAGGAUCAUUCUUACUUUAAUAAAAUUUCAAAAUACAACCCUCA